GACGGCCCCGGGCCCGGAGAUGGUGGAGCGGAGGGGCCCGGGGAGGCCCCGCACCGACGGGGAGAACGUGUUUACCGGACAGUCAAAGAUCUAUUCCUACAUGAGCCCGAACAAAUGCUCUGGGAUGCGUUCCCCGCUUCAAGAAGAGAAUUCAGUGACACAUCAUGAAGGCAAAUGCCAGGCGAAGCCAUUAGCUGGAAUCUACCGGAAGCGAGAAGAGAAAAGAAGCACCGGGAAUGCCGUCCGAAGCCCUGUGAAGGCCGAGGAACAGAAGCUCAAAGAUGCCGGGAGAGGCCCCCUGGCCCCUUUUCCAAACCAAAAAUCGGAAGCAGCAGAACCUCCAAAAACUCCAACCUCAUCUAGUGAUUCUCCCAACGCAGCCAUGGCCAAGCCAGCCCAGAAGAAACCCGUCAAGGGCAAGCAAGGCCCACGGAAAAAAGCUCAAGGAAAAACGCAGCAGAAUCGCAAACUCACGGACUUCUACCCGGUCCGAAGGAGCUCCCGGAAGAGCAAAGCCGAGCUACAGUCUGAAGAGAGGAAGAGAAUCGACGAGCUGAUUGAAAGUGGGAAGGAAGAAGGAAUGAAGAUUGACCUCAUCGAUGGCAAAGGCCGGGGAGUGAUCGCCACCAAGCAGUUCUCGCGGGGCGAGUUUGUGGUGGAGUACCACGGGGACCUCAUCGAGAUCACCGAUGCCAAGAGGCGAGAGGCGCUGUACGCACAAGACCCCUCCACAGGCUGCUACAUGUACUAUUUCCAGUAUCUGAGCAAAACCUACUGCGUGGAUGCCACUCGCGAGACGAACCGCCUGGGGAGACUGAUCAACCAUAGCAAGUGCGGGAACUGCCAGACCAAGCUGCACGACAUCGACGGCGUGCCUCACCUCAUCCUCAUCGCGUCCCGCGACAUCGCGGCUGGGGAGGAGCUGCUGUACGACUACGGAGACCGCAGCAAGGCCUCCAUCGAAGCCUACCCGUGGCUAAAGCAUUAGCCCCCCACCCGCCGUGCCCCUCGCUGGACAAAGUGCCCUCAAAGGGAAAAUUUUUUUUUUUCUUUUACACACUUAAAUCUUAGUGGAUGACUUCAGAUGUUUUUAAAAAAGUAUAUUAAGAUGCCUUUUCACUGUAGUAUUUAAAUAUCUGUUACAGGUUUCCAAGGUGGGCUUGAACAGAUGGCCUUAUAUUACCAAAACUUUUAUAUUCGAGUUGUUUUUGUACCUU